ACUAUCAUGAUCACCGGCAAGGAUAUUUACGACGUACUGGCGGCGAUUGUGCCACUCUACGUCGCCAUGAUCCUUGCCUAUGGCUCCGUCCGGUGGUGGAAGAUCUUUACGCCUGACCAGUGCUCCGGGAUCAACCGCUUUGUUGCCGUGUUUGCCGUUCCUCUCCUCUCUUUCCACUUUAUCUCUUCAAAUAAUCCUUAUGCCAUGAACUACCGUUUCAUCGCUGCUGAUUCUCUCCAAAAGGUUGUUAUCCUCUUUGCUCUCUUCCUCUGGCAGACCUUCAGCAAGAACGGUAACCUUGAGUGGAUGAUAACCCUAUUCUCCCUCUCCACCCUCCCUAAUACUCUAGUUAUGGGAAUCCCUCUGCUUAAGGCCAUGUAUGGUGACUUUUCAGGAUCUCUAAUGGUGCAAAUUGUGGUGUUACAAAGUGUGAUCUGGUACACCCUUAUGCUCAUCAUGUUUGAAUAUAGAGGUGCAAAGCUCCUCAUCUCAGAGCAGUUUCCAGAAACUGCUGGCUCCAUCACCUCCUUCAGAGUUGAAUCCGAUGUUGUCUCGCUUAACGGUCGUGAACCGUUGCAGACUGACGCCGAGGUCGGUACCGAUGGAAAACUCCAUGUUGUUGUCCGGAAAUCAACAUCCUCGCGGUCGGUGAUAUCUUCUUAUAGCAAACCUUAUGGAUUGAAUUCCAUAACUUCAAUGACUCCUCGAGCAUCAAACCUUACUGGUGUUGAGAUUUACUCGGUCCAGUCUUCGCGAGAGCCUACACCUAGAGCUUCCAGCUUUAACCAGACUGAUUUCUAUGCAAUGUUUUCAAGUAAGAUGCCAAGCCCCAAGCAUAGUUACACAAACAGUUUCCAAGGUGGAGUUGGUGAUGUUUAUUCAUUGCAGUCUUCAAUAGGAGCAACACCAAGGACUUCUAAUUUUGAGGAAGAUAUGACGAGGUAUGGGAAGAAGAGGGGAGGGAGGAGCAUGAGUGGUGAGCUCUUCAAUUCUGGGUUGUAUUCUUACCCACCUCCAAACCCAAUGUUUUCAGGAUCAACAAGUGGUGGGGGGCCUAAGAAGAAGGAAGGUAGUGGUGGAGGUGGUGGUGGUGGUGGUGGUGGUGGUCCAAUACCCAAUAAGGAACUUCACAUGUUUGUUUGGAGCUCAAGUGCAUCUCCUGUUUCUGAAGGAAAUCUUAGACAAGUAAUUAACAGAGCCACUUCUACUGAUUUUGGAUUGGUUGAUUCUUCCAAGGCUGUCCUUCAACAAGAGAUUGCUGCAUCAAGAGGCAUUCAUGAUUUUAGUGAACAAGCUAGCCCAGUUAGUAAAAUGGGUGGAGAUAAGGUGCUUGAAAUUGAAGAUGGGUCCAAGUAUCCAGUAAAUGGUUCUCCCUACUUGAGCCAGAAGAAGGUAGAUCAGAUGGGAGGAGAUGGGGAGAAGAAGAUGGGAGGAAGCAACCAGAUGCCACCUGCAAGUGUCAUGACAAGACUCAUUCUUAUCAUGGUUUGGAGGAAGCUCAUAAGAAAUCCAAACACUUACUCAAGUCUCUUUGGCCUGAUUUGGUCUCUCAUAUCUUUCAGAUGGAACAUUCAAAUGCCCUCUAUUGUAAGUGGGUCUAUAUUGAUACUAUCCAAUGCAGGCUUGGGAAUGGCCAUGUUCAGUUUAGGUUUGUUCAUGGCUCUACAACCAAAGAUCAUAGCUUGUGGUAAAUCAGUUGCUACAUUUGCCAUGGCCGUAAGGUUCCUAACAGGACCAGCGGUGAUUGCAGCAACAUCAAUCGCAAUUGGCGUUCGCGGUGUGCUUCUUCAUGUUGCAAUUGUUCAGGCAGCUCUUCCCCAGGGGAUAGUUCCUUUUGUGUUUGCAAAGGAAUACAAUGUCCAUCCAGAUAUACUUAGCACUGCGGUCAUUUUUGGAAUGCUAGUUGCACUACCUGUUACAAUAAUCUACUACGUUCUUCUAGGACUCUAAGCAAGUAAUGAGAAGAGAACAUAAG